AUGGCUGCGUCUCUUUUUCUCGUGGGAGUGGCUUCAUUCCUGUUCCAUGCAACUUUACGCCAGAUGGCCCAGUUUUCAGACGAUUUAUCGAUGUUAUUCCUUGCCGCAUCACUGAUUCAGCGUCUCUACUGCGCCAAGCAACCACAUUUCAGAGCCGGCGUCAUCACAGCUGUGAUAUAUGGAAUUACCUGCGCUGCAUCUGCGUUUUACGUCCAAAGUGGCAAUCUCAUGGUACACACCUCCCUGUUUGCCGCCAUGUUGACAUUCGUGUGGCCGCGUACUCUGUAUUUGAUCAGUCUCCAUGCCGGAUCUGCAGAGGCCAAGUCCAGGCUUUUUGGAAAGUUCAAAAGCGCCUAUCUCAGGGCUUGUCAGGAGUUGAGAAACCUUCGGAAAUCAGUAGGACUUCCCUGGGCUUGGCUUCUGGAACUGCAUGGCUGGUGGCAUAUCUUGACAGCUGUUGGUGCAGCGCAAUACAUGGAGCUGAUUAGCAACCUCUGUUAG